UAUCUCCUACCCCAGGCACUGGAAAUUACAGAAAUGAUCUGACACCCAUUUUCGGAAUCCGUUCAAGAAGUACCAGUAGUGUAAGGCUUUUUGGCAACCUGAACAACUGAAUUCAAGUAAAAUAUCCUGCCUGACCAUGGCUUUGUGAGACAAGCCACAAACCUGUAGCAGGACCCUCCUCGCUGCUGUUUACGGAAUUGAGGUAUCUGACUGGAAAGCCGGUGGAGGUGAACUAGCCAAGAAAGCAGUGGGUUCAGGAUGAGCAGUUGGAAAGGGUGACAAGGGAGGGGAGAAUGAACCUCAGCUGAAAAGAAAGGGGAAAAGUCAAGAGAUGAGUUCUCUUGACUGAAGAGAAGAUACGCUGAAGGCCAUCAGCUUGCCCUUGGGGCCCUCAGCUCUCUGGGGAGCUCUAAGGGAAGGGUGAGCCUGGAUCUACGACUCCGGACUCCUGGUCUCGGCCCCCAGGCCUGACCAUUCACUCAGACUCUCAAUAAAUACUUGUAUUAAAAGACCUUACACGGGGACCACAUCUGGGAAAACAUCGCCGCAUCCUCAUAAGUUACAGGGGGAGACCCGAACUGGCCAAGCCAUGAGGGCGACAAAAAAGAGCAUUGCAGGGAUCGGACAUCGGAUCGCCAGAAGCCCUCUGCCCUCCUGUUUCAUAAUGCCAGGGCCCCAUCGCCGCGUAUCGCCGGUCCCCGGUCCUGCCUCCACCGCGCACCCUUCCCCAAGGUUGGCCGGGGCCUGGAGUCACCAUCCCCUGUUCGGACCUACAGACCUCGCCGCUGCUGAGCUCUACAGAUUCCGCUCCUUCCACACAGUUCGCCAAUUCCGCGGGCCUUACUGAGCUGCGCCAGCCACCGUCCGCGAGGCCUUGGCGCGCCCGUGACGUCACUGUCGUGCGCCUCUCCCGCAGCAAGGGGCAUAUGGCUCUAGCACGGCGCCUGCAGCUGUUGUUGCUCGCGGCUCGGUUGCUUCUGGCGCCUCGCCGGGACGUGACGGUCCGCGGUCCCAACGAGCCCCUGCCCGUGGUGCACAUCCCGCGGGCUCUACAGCGGCGGCAGGAAGAGCGGCAGAGCAGGCAGCGGAGCCUCCCGCGGCCGGUGCUGGUGCGACCUGGGCCGCUGCUGAUCUCAGCGCGGCGACCGGAGUUGAACCAGCCGGCACGCCUCAUGCUGAGCCCUUGGGAGCCCGCGCCACUCGCUUCGCGCGGCUGGAGGAAUCGGUGCGCCCACGGGGACCAUUUCUCCAUCGAGCGCGCGCAACAUGAGGCUCCGGCGCUGCGGAACCUCUCGCCCAAGGGCAGCUUCACCAAUCUGGGUCUGGAGCUCCGCGUUCUGAGCGCACUACAAGAGGCUGCUCCCGAAGUUGUUCGGCCCACAACCGUGCAGUCGAGUACCAUUCCCCCACUCCUUCGUGGCCGCCACAUCCUCUGCGCCGCAGAAACCGGCAGUGGCAAAACUCUCGGCUACAUGCUACCUCUCCUUCAACGGCUCUUGGGCCAGCCAAGCCUGGACCCCUGUCGUAUCCCUGCUCCUCGAGGCCUGGUUCUUGUGCCUUCUCGAGAAUUAGCCGAACAGGUGCGGGCCGUGGCCCAGCCCUUGGCCAGCUCCUUGGGCCUCCAGGUGCGGGAGUUAGGGGGAGGCCAUGGCAUGAGUAGGAUUAGGCUGCAACUGUCCAAACAACCUCCAGCAGAUAUACUAGUGGCCACUCCGGGGGCUCUGUGGAAGGCCCUGAAAACUCAACUCAUCAGCCUGGAGCAGCUGGCCUUCUUGGUGUUGGAUGAGGCAGACACGCUGUUGGAUGAAAGCUUCCUGGAACUGGUGGAUUACAUCUUGGAGGGGAGCCAUAUAGCAGAAGGCCCAGCUGACUUAAAAGACCCCUUCAAUCCCAAAGCUCAGUUAGUGCUGGUGGGGGCCACAUUUCCCGAAGGUGUAGGCCAGCUGCUGAGUAAAGUUGCCAGCUUAGACUCUCUAACUACCGUUACCAGUGACAAGCUCCACUGCAUCAUGCCUCAUGUCAGACAGACAUUCAUGAGGCUGAAGGGAACAGAGAAGGUGACUGGCUUGGUGCAGAUCCUCAAGCAGCAUGACAGAGCAUAUAGGACUGGCCCCGCAGGAACUGUUCUGGUGUUCUGUAAUUGCUCCAGCACUGUGAACUGGCUGGGGUAUAUUCUGGAUGACCACAAAAUCCAACACUUAAGACUGCAGGGACAGAUGCCAGCCUCAAUGAGAGCAGGCAUCUUCCAGUUCUUCCAGAAGGGCUCCCGAGACAUACUUCUCUGCACAGACAUCGCCUCUCGGGGCCUGGACAGCACCCAGGUGGAGCUAGUCAUCAAUUAUGAUUUCCCUCUCACCCUGCAAGACUACAUCCACAGAGCAGGGAGCGUGGGCUGGGUGUGGAGCGAGGUGCCAGGCACCGUCGUCAGCUUUGUGACCCAUCCCUGGGACGUGAGCCUGGUUCAGAAGAUUGAGCUGGCAGCUCGCCGGAGGAGAAGCCUUCCAGGACUAGGGUCCUCCUCAGUGAGGGAGCCUUUGCACCAGCAAACCUUAUUGCAGCAGGCUUAUAUAUGAUGCCACAACAGGGACCUUUCCCUCUGUGCUGGAUGGGUGAGCACACUUGUCAGUAGGGUGCUCUGGGCUGCCUAGUCACCUUCUGAAGGCCCGGGCUGCGGUCUGGCUUCAAAAGCAGUUCCUUUGGCCACGCCAGCAAAGGUGGAAGCAGAGAAGCCAGUCCCCAGACGCGCUCCCAAGAGAAAGCACUCUGCGGAAAAGUCGCACAAAGAUCUGGGUUGCCCCAGACCCAAAAUCCGGCGAUUGGAGCACGGUGCCAGGAGGUAGACCCCACAGAAUCCUGCUGGCUGAGGCACGCUGAAGAGAGAGCAAUGGUGUAACUGCCUAAGGCAGCGACUGCCUCUUCCUGCUGUGACCCACCCCGUGCCCCCACUG